UGCUCCUGUCCUGACUCACUGCUGUUCGCUCCCGCUGAGGACAACUUGGUCCAGAGGCCAUGAUGCAGCCAUGGAUUUUAAAGAUACCCUAAAGGUGCCCGUGGAGCUCGAGGUGGUGAUUCACCGAAUUCGAAUCACACUCACCAGCCACAAUGUGAAGUUCCUGGAGAAGGUGUGUGCCGACGUGAUCAGAGGCACAGAGGAAAAGAAUGUGAAGGGGAAAGGGCCAGUGCGCAUGCCUACCACGAGAGAGCAUGACCCCGAUUCCUCUGCUCUUAAGCGGUCACAUCAUCAGGCAAGACCAUGCCCUGGGGCUUUCGACCCCAAAGCCAUUGGCUGAAUGGAGCAAAUU